AGGCGGCACAGGCGAUCAGAGCUGCGCUGGGUGUUUAGGGGCCAAGAUGGCGGCGCGCCGGGGACGGAGAGAUGGAGUCGCGCCGUCUCCGAGUGGGGGCUCUGGCCCGGACCCUGGCGGUGGAGUCCGCGGCAGCACUUGGGGUAAUCGAAGCCAAGCGCCGUUUGGGAAUGUGGGCGCUGUGAGCAGCGAGGAGCAGGUACUGCUCCAUGAAGAAGGGGAUGAUUCUGGCUUUGUCAGUCUAUCUCGGCUGGGCCCCUGCCUGAAGGACAAGGAUUUGGAGAUGGAGGAGCUGAUGCUGCAGGAUGAAACACUGCUGGGGACCAUGCAGAGCUACAUGGAUGCCUCCCUCAUCUCCCUCAUUGAGGAUUUUGGGAGCCUUGGAGAGAGCAGGUUAUCUCUGGAGGACCAGAAUGAAGUGUCGCUGCUCACAGCUCUGACGGAGAUUUUGGACAAUGCAGAUUCUGAGAACCUGUCUCCAUUUGACAGCAUUCCUGACUCAGAGCUUCUUGUGUCACCUCGGGAGGGCGCCUCUCUGCACAAGCUGCUCACCCUGUCUCGGACACCACCAGAACGGGACCUUAUCACCCCAGUUGACCCACUGGGGCCCAGCACAGGCAGUAGUAGAGUAAGUGGGGUUGAGAUGUCUCUCUCAGAUCCCACUUGGGACUUCACCCCACCCUCCUUCUUGGAUACCUCCCCCAAGCUUCCUAGCUGGAGACCCCCAAGAUCAAGACCCCGCCGGGGCCAGUCCCCUCCUCCACAGCAGCGUAGUGAUGGGGAAGAAGAGGAGGAGGUGGCAGCCAGCUUCAGUGUCCGGCUGCUCGCUGGGGAGCUAGACAGCUCUGUGAGCAGCAUCCCAGACUUCCCCAUGCACCUGGCCUGCCCGGAGGAGGAAGAUAAAACAGCAGCAGCAGAGAUGGCAGUGCAGGCAGCUGGUGAUGAGAGCAUCUCCUCCUUGAGUGAGCUAGUGCGGGCCAUGCAUCCGUACUGCCUGCCCAGCCUCACCCACCUGACAUCAUUUGAGGAGGAGCUUCAGGAGCAGCCUGAUGAUUUGACACUGCCUGAGGAUUGUGUGGUGCUGGAGAUCGUGGGCCAGGCGGCCACAGCUGGUAAUGACCUGGAGAUCCCAGUUGUGGUACGACAGAUCCCUCCUGGACCCCAGCCUGUGCUCCUGGAUGACUCACUAGAGGCCAGGCCAGCCUUGAAGCUGCUCAUGCCUACACUAGAGUCGGAAACAGAGCCUCCUGUGCCCAAGGAAGCCCUCUGUCCUGAGAAAGACAAAUUGUCACACGAUUCAGGGGAAAAGCUGGAGUCAGCCUGCUUGUUGGACCCCAAGGAGGUAAUGGAGCCAGUAGUGCCCAAGGGGCCUCAGAACCCACCAGCCAAUGUAAUGCUGAGUUCCCAGAAAACUCGAAAAAGUGGGAGGAAGAAGAGCAAGGAGCAGCAAGCAGCCUGUGCAGAAGGCUAUGCCAGGAGGCUGAGGUCAUCCUCUCGUGGGCAGUCCACUGUUGCUGUAGAGGUGACCUCUCAGGCAGGAAACUUGCUGAAGGAGGAACUUCAAAGAGAGGUUGGGCCUCCCUGCGGUAGAGGGAAGCCCCGGGCUUGGGCUCGGUCCUGGGCAGCUGCCUUGGAGAAGCCUAGCUCUGGGAACUUGGAGAGUAGUGUUGGGCAAGCUAGUCCUGCUACAGAGGGUUCUGUAGACUUAUAUCCCAACCUGGUGGACGCCACCCAAGCCAACCCUGUUCCAUCCCAUCUCUCACUUGACUCUGCUCAAGCCAAACCCAUGCCUCUUGACUCUGUUGAAGCUGAUCCCACUGUAGCUGACCCUGUACCUGUUGACACUGCAUUGGUUGAUCCUGCUUCAGCCAACUUGGAGCUUGUUGACCCUCUCCCAGCAGAUCCAGUCCUGAUUGGCCCAGUCCUGGCUGACUUGGCAGAAAUUGACUCUGCAGUGGUUCCCAUCCCAGACGACUUACCACCAAUUGACUCUUGUUCCAAUGACCUGGUGCCAGGUGACCCUGUUCUAGCUAUGUCUAGGCCAACUGAUCCCAGACGUGGUGCAGUGUCAACAGCCCUGGAGUCAGAGUCCUUGUAUCCCCCUAAGAGCAUCCCUGAAGUCAGGGAGGUCAUAGGUCCUCUGAAGAUGGAAAGUGGUACCAAUGCCACAAUCCAGGAAUCCAGACCUCGGCCUCUUAGCCUAUCUGAGUACCGGCGACGAAGGCAGCAGCGCCAAGCAGAGUCAGAAGAGAAGAGUCCCCAGCCCCCGGCUGGGAAGUGGCCCAGCCUCCCAGAGACUCCCACAGGACUAGCAGACAUCCCUUGUCUUAUCAUCCCACCAGCCACAGCCAAGAAGACAGCUCUGCAGAGAAGUCCUGAGGCUCCUUCUGAGGCCUGCUUUGUAUCUGUGGGUCCCAGUCCUGCUUCUCCUAGUCCUGAGCCAACUACAAGCAGAUCUAUGGCUUCAACUUCCACUGAGCAGGUGCCAUCCCCAGAGGUGCCAUCUCAAGAGAUGCCAUUGCCAGCGAGACCUCUGCCUUCUGCUGCUGCUGUGCAGUCUAUACCCUCCUCAAUGCCCGCUGCUCUGCCUUUUCCCCCAAGUGGGCUGGGCAUUACUCCCAUGCUUCCCCUUCCUGCAAGUGGGCAAGGGGUCCCCAGCCUGCCCCCGCCACCCUUGCAGCCUCCUAGUCUUCCAGUGUCUAUGGGGCCAGUGCCACCUGAUCCCUAUACUCAGUAUGCCCCCGUGCCACCCUGGCCUUGUUAUCCCCCUGUGUCACCUGGCUAUCCUUGCCUGCCCCCUCCUCCAACAGUGCCCCUAGUAUCUGGUACUCCUGGCACCUAUGCUUUAUCCCCCACUUGCAAUGUGCCUUGGGUACCCCCUUCUGCCCCAGUCCUACCUUAUAGCUCCAGCUGUGCCUAUGGGCCCUUGGGAUGGGGCCCAGGGUUGCAACAUCCUCCAUUCUGGCCUACUGUACCCCCACCUCCUUUGCCUCUAGCCUCUGUUGGGAGAGCUGUUCCCCCACCCAAGGUGGAACCCAGUGGGAUCCCAGCUGGCUCUCCUGAAAGUGUACUUCCUUUGCUAAAAGCUUCUCCCCUCAGUCUUGGGUCAACUGGCCAGGGAGCUCCACAGAUAGAGCCCACAAAGGUGGACGUCAAGCCCAUUCCUCCAUCUCCCAUUCUAAAACACAAGGUGUCUUCUCCAGUGCAAAGCCCCCAGAUCAAGGCUUCAUCAUGUCUGUCUGCUGAGAAUGUGGCUGUUGAGGAGCCUGUAUCAGAGAGGCUAAAGCCUGACACCCAGGAGAGCAGACCCAGUGAGAAGACCCCCUCUCCUGUUGCCAAGGCUGUUCCCACACCAAGGCAGAGCGCUGUAACCAAGCUGCCUGCUGUCCACCCAGCCCGUCUAAGGAAACUGUCUUUUCUGCCUACCCCACGUACUCGGGGUCCUGAGGAUGUGGUGCACGCUUUCAUCAGUGAGAUUGGAAUUGAGGCUUCGGACCUGUCCAGUCUGCUGGAGCAGUUUGAGAAAUCAGAAGCCAAAAAGGAGUGCCCUCCGCCAGCUCCAGCUGACAGUUUGGCUGUAGGAAACUUAGGCAGCGUUGACACUCCCCAGGAGAAGAGGCCCCUAGACCGGGUACAAGCCCCCGAGCUGGCCAACGUGGCAGGGCUCACCCCUCCAGCUACCCCUCCCCACCAGUUAUGGAAGCCCCUGGCUGCUGUGUCACUGCUGGCCAAAGCCAAAUCUCCUAAGUCCACCGCCCAGGAGGGAACCCUGAAGCCUGAAGGAGUUACAGAGGCCAAACAUCCAGCUGCAGCCCGCCUCCAAGAAGGGGUCCAUGGUCCUAGUCCAGUCCAUGUGGGCUCUGGGGACCAUGACUAUUGUGUCCGGAGCAGGACUCCCCCGAAAAAGACUCCUGCCCUAGUCAUUCCAGAGGUGGGCUCCCGAUGGAACGUCAAACGCCAUCAGGAUAUCACCAUCAAACCUGUCUUGUCCCUGGGCCCAGGCACCCCCCUGCCGCCACACACAGCUGCCUCCCAGGAGCCACUUGAUCACAGGACUAGUAAUAAGCAGGCAGAUCCCCCAACCUCUUGUCUUGCCCCAUCCACCUUGCUGUCCCCUGAGGCCUCGCCAUCCCGGAAUGACACGAACACUAGGACUCCCCGUGAGCCCUCAGCCAAGCAGCGGUCAGUACGCUGUUAUCGGAAAGCCUGCAGGUCUGCCAGUCCCCCAAGCCAUGGCUGGCAGGGCUGCCGGGGCCGCAGCAGCCGUUCUGUCAGCUCUGGGUCCAACCGGACCAGUGAAGCAUCUUCCUCAUCCUCGUCGUCGUCUUCCUCAUCCCGGUCCCGGUCCAGGUCCCUCUCUCCCCCACACAAGAGAUGGCGAAGGUCCAGCUGCAGUUCCUCUGGACGUUCCCGAAGAUGCUCUUCCUCUUCCUCAUCAUCUUCCUCCUCAUCUUCCUCAUCUUCAUCCAGUUCCCGAAGCCGGUCCCGUUCACUGUCCCCACGCAGGAGAAGUGACAGGAGGCGGCGGUACAGCUCUUACCGUUCACAUGACCAGUACCAAAGGCAGAGAGUGCUGCAGAAGGAGCGUGCAAUAGAAGAGAGAAGAGUGGUCUUCAUUGGGAAGAUACCUGGCCGCAUGACGCGGUCAGAGCUGAAACAGAGGUUCUCUGUUUUUGGAGAGAUUGAGGAGUGCACCAUCCACUUCCGUGUCCAAGGUGACAACUAUGGCUUCGUCACUUACCGCUAUGCAGAGGAGGCAUUUGCAGCUAUUGAGAGUGGCCACAAGCUGAGACAGGCGGAUGAACAGCCCUUUGAUCUCUGCUUUGGGGGCCGCAGGCAGUUCUGCAAGAGAAGCUAUUCUGAUCUUGACUCCAACCGGGAAGACUUUGACCCUGCCCCUGUAAAGAGUAAAUUUGAUUCUCUUGACUUUGACACAUUGUUGAAACAGGCCCAGAAGAACCUCAGGAGGUAACCCUGGGCCCUUCUCCCCAUCCCCCUUGUGUUUGGAGGCACCCAACCUCCUCCAUUCCCCUCCCCCACUUUAGGGGAGAGAGCUGCUAGUGAGGAGAUGACUGUUUUAUAAAGAAAUGGAAAAAAGUGAAAUAAAAAAUGUGUUAAAUCAGA